AUGACAUCGCGAGGCAAAGCUGGCGUCUACGCUGGCGCUGCCGUCCUCCGACUCCUUCUUACCGUGGCCUUUCCCGGGCUGCCAGACUUCUUGACCGGCCGUGUAGAGAUUUCCACCCCCGUCACGAGCUUCAAGCGAUUGCAAGAAGGAUUGUUCCUUUACAACCACAAUGUGUGGCCCUACGAUGGUGGUGUCUACCACCAGGCACCGCUGCUACUGCCGCUGUUUUCGCUGCUCCCAAGCGUCAAAACCUGGCCCAUCUUCACGUCGCUUCUCUACAUACUAGUCGACCUGCUAAGCGCCGAUGCGCUUUCUACAAUUGCGAGUUCAGGCGAAGCCGGGCAGUCGAGGCUAUUUACGUCGCCGCGGAGAGCAAAGCGAGCAUGUGGAUUAGCAGUGGCCGCUGCAUUCCUCUUCAACCCCUUCACGAUAGCCAGCUGCAUCGGCCGCUCCACCAGCAUAUUCACGACAUGCGCCAUCCUCCACGCCAUAUCCAAAGCCAUCCAGGGCUCCGCGUUCAACGCCAUGGUCGCCCUCUCCUUUGCCUCCUACCUAUCCAUGUACCCGAUCCUCCUCCUGCCGCCGCUCGUGCUCCUCUCCUUCGACCGCCAGCCCGAAGCCCGCCGCACCGCCAGCGCCGUCACAUUCGGCGCCAAAUGCGUCGCCAUGACCGCCGUCUGCCUCGGCCUCCUGCUGGGCAUGUCCUUUGUGCUCACCGGCAACUCGUGGGAGUUCCUCUCCCGCACGUACGGCAUCCAGCUUACGCUGUCCGACCUCACCCCCAACGUCGGCCUGUGGUGGUACUUCUUCAUCGAGAUGUUCGACUCCUUCCGGGCCUUCUUCCUCGCCGUCUUCUGGCUCCACCUCGCGGCGUACGUGGGUGGCCUGACGAUCCGCCUGCGCACGCAGCCCCUCGCCGUGCUGACCAUUCUCCUGGGAAUCUUUUCCAUCUUCAAGCCGUAUCCUUCCAUCGCCGACGCGAGCCUGUUUCUCGCCAUGCUCCCGCUGUUCUGGCACGUCUUCCCGCUCAUGAGGUACACCUACGUUGCGUCUGCCACGCUCCUGUACGCCACGUUCCUGGGCCCCGCGUUUUAUCACCUGUGGAUAUACGCUGGCAGCGGAAAUGCAAACUUCUUCUACGCCAUUACGCUGGUGUGGAGUUUGGGGCAGAGCUUGUUGGUCACGGAUUUGACAUUUGCCGUCUUAAGAGACGAGUGGGAAGUUGAGCGGCCCGACAUGAUUGGCAAGGAGGUGAAGCAAAUUUAG